CACCCGCCCACGUCUACCGAGUUCGGAGCGACAACAACCAGGCCGGGACACAACGAGCAAGCGCACCACCUCUCCCCACGCCUUUCUUCUUCUUCUUGUUCUUCUUCUUCUUAUCUUUCUUUCUUUCAGUUUUUUUUUUGUUUUGAGUUUGGCUUGGAGAAAAAAAAUAUCACGCCACUCUACUCCCACUGAAUACUACGCAUACCCGCCCAUUUCAUCCACCCAGCCGGCCCCGGGGAGGGACCGUGAGAGACGGCGGAGGCGAGCGAGGAUGGAGGCCCUCGUCGCGCUGGUCAAGAGUCACCCGGGACCCUGGGUGCUGCUCUUCGCCGCCCUCUUCAAGUUGCUCCACGGACUUUUACGGAAGUUACCUACACCUAAAGUCGUGCUGCGGAACGACUUUCAACUGUGGAAGUGGAGGAACCUCUCCAUGUCCAUAGUGCACUCGCUACUUACUGGGACGUGGGCUAUCUCGAGUGCGUUGAUUUGGCCUGAGACAAUUAGCGACAUCCACAGGCACCACACGUCGCUGUCCUAUCUGCUCGUGUGCAUUUCAACAGGAUACUUCGUGGAGGAUGCGUUUGACAUCAUCCACUCGGGAUACUCAUUAGCAUCUUGGGAAUUCCUCCUCCAUCAUGCACUUGUGAUCUCGAGCUUCCUGUACACACUCUACACGCACCUGUACGUGGCCGCCGCGGUGAUCACGCUUUUCGUAGAGGUGAACAGCGUGACGCUGCAUAUGCGGCUGCUACUCAAAGUGGCGGGCGCUACCUCCUCGACCAUCUACGACGUCGUUAAAGUGAUUAACAUUUGCACCUUCGUUGUCUUCCGCCUCACCGCGCAUUUCUAUCUCAGCUGGUACUUGGCGUGCAACUACUCAAAGUUGGAAAAUGCCAACUUUUUCGCAUGUUGUCUGACGAUAAUGAACAUCAUGAUUUUGGUCUACUUCUACCGCCUCAUCCGCUCAGAUUUCCUUCGGCACACUGGCAGGAGUGGCCACGCUGCUCAAAAUGGGAAGCUUGUGUCCAAGAAGUUCCUCACUGAUUGAAGGACCAUCUUUUUUUGUUUACAUUGACUUUAUUUCCCCAUGGAAGGAACUGACUAAACAUUGUAGAAGUGCAUGGUGGAAAGUCUGGAUUCAGUAGUUGCUAUACUUGAGUUUUGUGUGGUCGGGGUUAACAUGUUUGUCACGCAGUCAUGAGGUUCUAAGUCGAAUCCUGGCUCUUCUCGGGUUCGCUGGGUACUUCUGUUUCCUUUCACAUUUCAGAAAAAAAUCUGGUUAGGUUCCACAAAGACUUGAAAUUGUUCAAUAAGCAAACUAUUUUGAAGGUGGCAAUGGCCGUGGAUGGUAGAAUGUCAUAAUGGCAGCACAGAGAUGGAGGAAAACAAGCAAGAUUGAUCUCCCUAUUUCUUCUCACAGAAUACACUUGGACGAGAGGGGCAGAUAAAACAUUUUGGACUUUGACAGUCUUUCGAUUAGUACACAGACAGGAAAUGUCAACCUUUGAGAAUUACUAAACACAAGCUAGCAUUUCUUACUUUGGUGUUUUUAUUCUAGGGUGCAUGCAGGUUUCAAUGUCUGCAAAGUGUGUCUCCCUUUUACAAAGUUUACUAUUGAUGUAUUUCAAAUUAUUUAUAGUGAACAUGGAUUCAUGGAUUGGGGGUAUUAUUUUAGUUUAAACAAGAUGACAAGAAACAGACAGAAAUGAGGAUAUACCGUAUUGGCCCGAAUAUAAGACGGUGUUUUUUGCAUUAAAGUAAGAAUGAAAACCUGGGGGACGUCUUAUAACUGCGGCCUAAAAAAAAAACAAAAAAAACUGCGGCCUAGACAUAUACCCAUUCACGACGCUGGAUGGCGCCAGUCAUCAAUGAAUCGAAUGCUGAACGCGACUCCGGCAUUUAACUCUGUUAAAUGUUUAAAUGUUCAGAUAUUAAGUUUUGAAUGCGAAAUUAAAUGCCUUUUCUCUCAAAUAUAUUGUUAUAAGCAUUUGUUUCAGAUGUAUUGUAAUUAUUUUCUGUAUAAAAAUUAAUUUGGUGUUCAAAAAGUCUUUUUUCAAACUUGAGUCUUGAAAAAGAGGGGGUCGUCUUAAAAUCGGGGUCGUCUUAUAUUCGGGCCAAUACGGUAAUAGGCUAUCUAACAUGUUCUGCAGUGCCGAGACAACAGUGCCUAAACGAAUAACAUCAACGACAAAAUUAUUUCAGAAUAUUGCUUUUUUUCCCCUCAAAAUACUCCCAUUUUGUUAUUUAAUCAACAAGUAGAAUUAAUGUGUUCUCGUGAGUGUUAACAAGUGUGUAUUUUGAUUUUUUGAGUGAAAUUAAAAAUGUUUUCAAAUGUAAUUCUUCAUUUUUUUCUGGUGCUGCUGUUCACAUACUGAUGAUCACUAUCCCAUUUUGAGCUUAUACUGUAUGUACACUUCUUUUUUUUUUUUUUUAAGAGAACUGUCCUGCAAAAGUACAGCCCUCCCCUCUGCUCAGAUUUGGGGGGACAUUCAGUAGGUCCCAUAUUUUCUAGGACAGUCCAGAAUUUCAAUGCUUUUCCUGCAUUUGGCACUACCUCUACCUGGACACGUACUGUACAAUGGUACCUCUACUUACUAAAUUCAUUGGUUCUGGAAGUAGUUCUGUAAACUGAAAAUUCCGUAAGUAGAGACACGUUUUCCAUGUAAAAGCCCUAAUCUUUUCCUAAUCCCCCACCAUCUAGACAUAAAUCUUUUAUAAAGCAUAAUGAUGCAUCAAAAUACAGUGUAUCACAAAAGUGAGUGUACACCCGUCGCAUUUCUGCAGAUAUUUAAGUAUAUCUUGUCAUGGGACAACACUGACAAAAUGACACUUUGACACAAUGAAAAGUAGUCUGUGUGCAGCUUAUAUAAUAAAGUUCAUUUAUUUUCCCCUCAAAAUAUAGCCAUUAAUAUCUAAACCGAUGGCAACAAAAGUGAGUACGCCGCAUAGAAACUACGUACAUCCCUAAAUGUCCAAAUUGAGUACUGCUUGUCAUUUCCCCUCCAAAAUGUCAUGUGACUCGUUAGUGUUACUAGGGCCAUGUGUGCGUAGGGAGCAGGUGUGUUCAAAUUUGUAGUGCAGCUCUCACAUUCUCUCAUACUGGUCACUGAACGUUCCAACAUGGCACCACAUGGCAAAGAACUCUAUGAGGAUCUUAAAAGACGUUGUGCUCCAUGAAGAUGGCCAAGGCUACAAGAAGAUUGCCAACACCCUGAAACUGAGUUACAGCACAGUGAUCAUCCAGUGUUUUAAAAGAGCAGGUUCCACUCAGAACAGGCCUCGGGUCGGUCGUCGAAAGAAACUGAGCGCACAUGCUGAGUACAAGAGUGUUGCAUAGCUGAGUGCCGUGUAUUUGACACACUGCGCCGGUCCUCUAACCAGUCAGACCCAGGUAAGUAAAACAAUAAAUGACCUCUGUCUUCUGCUGCCCCUGCGACCCGACCCCGGAUUAAGAGGUAGAUGAUGGAUGGAUGAAAUUGUACCACAAUAAAUUGUAUAAUUACAUCGGGCUAAUUUAGCUAUAUAAGCAGCUACGUACUUUACAUAGCGCGUUGUUGCCUCCAUUAAAAUCAACCGUACUAAAAGCGUCUCUUGUUUUAGAAUCUAUUUUACAAAUAAGGAAAUCCUUAUUAUUUUUCCUCAUCUACAUAAAAUUAUAGCUAAUUAAUAAAAUGCAUGAAGAAUUUAUACUAAAUGCUUCGUCGUAGCUAUUGUCUCUCUUGAUGCAUGACGUCGUUGACCUUACUCUGAAAAAUGUCAAGGCAACUGAGUGUCCGAAGUUUCUUCAAAAAGCCCCAAAACGAUUAUGGUGUUGAUAAAAGAGGUGAAAAAACAGGGACUGCACAAGCGGGCACGCAAUUCAAGUCCAUGUGCACCAGGAGGAAGGUGUAAGACUCCGUUCAGGCCACAGCAGGUGAACUGUUAAUUUCAUUGUUCCAUAUGUAGCCUAACUACUGACAGUCAGCUGUUUUUGUCACUGCGGAGAAAAAGUUACAUAUUCAUCUGCUUGAUGUGUGAUGGCACGGUGUGGAUUCUCUGUUAAGCUUGUUCGGACAGAAUAUUAAUUUAAAAUGAAUGAAAACUAAAUACUAUUGAAUAUGUUGAAGCGGUAUGCAAUGUUAAGAGUCUUGUUAGCUCGAAUUGCUGUGUCCAGCCGCUGUAGCUCUGCUGCUCUCUGUGAACUCUCUAUUCAUAUUCAAGCCGGAACGCGCGCGGCUCUUAAGUGUCUCUGUCACGUGACUGUGUCGUAGCCGCUGACGUGCUCGGCCAAAUGGACACACAAGUACGGAAGGUGGAUUAUGCCAAACAAAGGGUCACCACAAUGUCAUU